AUGGAAAUUCGGUUUCUUCUACGCCGUGCCGCCGUUCGUGCCGUCAGCGCAACACCAGCCAAGGCUUUCCUUGCAAAGCCGCGCUCAAUUGCCACCUUCACGCCCUCUACUCUUCGCACACACAAGCAGCAAUGGUCAGCAGCCUUCCAGCGAAGGUUUGCUAGCGACGAUGCGACCAAGAACAAUGCGCCAGAGAACUUUGCACAGACUGCCGCAGAGCCGCCCAUGGAAGAUGGGCUGACGCCCGCGCAACAAGAUGCACAGGCGGAUCCUACUGAUGCUAAAGCCACCAUUACUCCUGAUACUCUUGGCCAGGUCGAGGAUGCCGCAAGGAACGCGGAGAGAAGGCCACGGAGGAGCCGUGAAAACAACACCCCACCGCACAACACCCUCUACAUCGGCAACCUGUACUACGAGGUCACCACCGAGCAGUUGCAGAAGGUCUUCUCGCGCUUCGGCGAGGUCGCGAGCGUGAAGAUUGUCUACGACAACAGGGGUAUGAGCAGAGGGUUCGGUUAUGUCGAGUUCAAGAGCAUCGACGACGCUCAGACUGCCAUCGACAACCUGGACAUGCAGGUCUUCGAGGGCCGCAACCUCGUCGUUCAGUACCACCGCGCCAAAAGCGAUAGCGACAGGCCGAAAAGAGAAUUUCCACCAGCCAACCUUCCCUCCAAGACUCUUUUCAUCGGCAACAUGUCCUUUGAGAUGUCAGACAAGGAUCUGAACGAUCUCUUCCGUGACAUUCGCAAUGUCAAUGACGUCCGUGUGGCCAUCGACAGGAGGACCGGCCAGCCCAGAGGUUUCGCACACGCCGACUUCUUGGACGUCGCCAGCGCCACCAAGGCCAAGGAGAUUCUGAGUGCAAAGACGAUCUAUGGAAGGGAGCUCCGCGUCGACUUCAGCAGGUCUGCGAACGAGAACCCGCGGGGAAACACGCGCAGAGACUCUGGCACUCGGGAGGAGUAA